GCAAGUAGAAAAAGAUUUGUUCAGCCUUGAAGCUUCUUCAAUAUAGAAAAUUGAUAAAGAGGUUAAAAUAUUUUUAUAUAUACAUCUUUGAUUGCUCUUCUUAUCUUUCAUAUUCAAAUUAUGAACGAUAAAGGAAUCAUGGAGACUAAAGCUUCCAUAGGGGAGAUGGGCCUUGGCGGGCUAUCCCGGCAGACCAGCAUCACUAAGACCAACUGCAUUUGCUCACCGACCACUCACCCGGGGUCAUUUAGGUGCAAGCUUCACCGGACUCCAUCGCUGCAGCGUAACAAGAGCGUUGAGACGAACAUACUUGAAAAUCUUAUGACCAAGCCAGAUGAUUCUAGCACCGGAAAUGAAGCAGCAGCUAAGUAGUCACUAUAGGAAGCUUAGGGUUUGUUUUUGUGUCUAUGCUUUGGAGCAUUAUGCUAGUGACCAAACAAGGUAGUAUAGUUCUAUUCUCUUUUGUCUCUAGCUAGUCUUGUAUUGAGGUGCAAGUUUUUUAAUUUAUAUAUGGAUAUUGAAGUCUAUGUAAAACAUUUAUAUUUACUUUUUCGAUAAAUUUAUUGAUCAUUAUAUUUUCCCCACUUA